CUCCUUGAUUUUUUUUUUGGGUGAACAAGGAACACGAAAUGACCCGUAUACUAGAUAGACUCCUAUCGUGUUUCUAACUUUUCUUUUUCUUUUCUUUUCCCAACUCUCUUCUUUAUCCCCUCCCCGCCUAUUGAUCACGCCAUCGUAUUAAUAUCGUUGCUGUUUUCUUCACCCCGCACCUUCAAAUACCAGCAGCAUAAAUGGAUUCCUUCCGCCCCUCAAAGUAUUCAGUAGGAUUUACUGAUAAUAUCAACCUUAAACCCCCAUACAACCCUCUAUAACUUCCGGGUAAUCCGGCCAUAUCUCUCACAGGUAUAGCUACGAUAUCAUUCAAGAGCGCCAUGGCCGAAUCGCAGCAACCUCGUUUCGAAACCCUUCAACUUCAUGCUGGCCAUGAGCCAGACUCGGCGACUAAUGCUCGCGCUGUACCGAUUUAUGCAACCACGUCUUACACAUUCAAUGACUCCGCCCAUGGCGCUAGGCUUUUCGGCCUCAAAGAGUUUGGCAACAUCUAUAGCCGUAUCAUGAACCCGACGGUCGAUGUCUUCGAGAAGCGUAUUGCAGCCCUUGAGGGUGGUGUUGCAGCGGUAGCAGCCUCCUCUGGCCAGGCGGCUCAGUUCAUGGCGAUCUCAGCGCUUGCGCAUGCUGGCGAUAAUAUCGUCUCGACCAGUAACUUGUAUGGAGGCACAUACAAUCAAUUCAAAGUCCUUCUCCCUCGUUUUGGGAUCACGACUAAAUUUGUCCAGGGGGACAAACCAGAGGAUAUUAAGGCGGCGAUUGAUGACCGCACCAAGGCCGUUUAUGUCGAGACAAUCGGGAACCCUCGUUACAAUAUUCCGGAUUUUGAGGCCAUCGCCAAAGUUGCCCAUGAGAAAGGCGUGCCAUUAGUAGUUGAUAACACUUUUGGAGCUGGUGGCUAUUACUGCCGUCCCAUUGAGUAUGGAGCCGAUAUUGUCGUGCACAGUGCAACAAAAUGGAUUGGUGGCCAUGGUACCACCAUCGGAGGUGUCGUGAUCGAUAGUGGUAAGUUCGACUGGGGUAAGCACGGGGCACGGUUUCCCCAGUUUGUGGAGCCAUCCGAAGGCUACCAUGGCUUAAAGUUCUGGGAGACCUUCGGAAAUUUGGCUUUCGCAAUCCGUAUCCGCGUUGAGAUUCUUCGGGAUCUCGGUUCGGCAUUGAAUCCAUUCGCUGCACAGCAGCUAAUCCUGGGACUGGAGACUUUGAGCUUGCGUGCUGAGCGGCAUGCCAGCAAUGCAUUGGCUCUAGCGAACUGGCUGCGUACAAACAACUACGUGAGCUGGGUUUCGUAUCCCGGGCUCCAAAACCAUCCCAGCCAUGAAACAGCCAAGCGAUAUCUGAAACGCGGCUUUGGGGGUGUCUUAUCCUUUGGCGUCAAGGGAGGCGCUACUGCCGGCAGUCAGGUCGUCGAUGGUUUUAAAUUGAUCAGCAACCUGGCAAAUGUCGGAGACUCCAAGACGCUUGCAAUCCAUCCGUGGUCUACGACACACGAGCAACUGACAGAGCAAGAGCGGCUUGACUCUGGUGUUACCGAGGAUGCCAUCCGCAUUUCCGUCGGUACUGAGCACAUUGAUGAUAUUAUUACCGACUUCGAACAGUCAUUCAAAGCGUCUAGUGAUGCAGAUACUCAGUAGACUAUUUAAUGAGGGGAUACUUGGGCGAUUGCAUGGCGAAGACUCUAAUUCGGGAGUUGAUACAAUCUCAAGUGAUGGGGGCAUUAAAGGGGAUGGAAUUCAUAUAGUUAGGAUUUGUUUAAGGUAUAGCCGAAGUAUGACGAACGCAAUGUAUGAAAUCGCAAAUCUAGAAUCGAUCUGCGCAGGGUAUCUAAACAGUUGAAAAUGUCCUUUUUGCACAUAUUGGGGCUUGUAUAGGCUUCGAAUGGAACCGAAUUCAAA